UUCAUUUAAGUUUUUAUAGGUUUGUUGAUAUUUGCUCAAAUUUGAACUCCCAUUUGAAAAGGUCAAUAAAGAUAAUAAUUUUUUUGUGGGAUCAAUAAAGUUUUAUACAACACAAACUUUAUAGUUUUCAUAAAUUACAUUUAAACUACAGGUAUUUCCUAAUUUCAAUAAGUAACAACAGGAAAUUGCUGCUCCUCAUCUGUUUUUUUCACUCAUCUGUACACGGUGUCCUGUUGCGUCUGGAGAGACCGGACCGCCCUUGGCUCCGCCCCCUCUCCAGGACUCACCUGUGAAAGCUGUUGCAGCUGCAAACACAGUCGCUCCCAUCCCCUGACAGAGCAGGACGGACUCACAGAAACUCGGACCCGCCUCGGACACCAUGGCCUCCACGCUCUCCGUGCGCAGCUACUCCUUGCGCCAACCUGGCUUGUCCAGCGUUUCCAUAAGGGACGGGGGGCGAGGCCUCCGCGCUAAGACCCCCAUGUCCCAGCUGUCCAGCCCCCUGUCCCGCUCGCUCUCGGUGGGCAACGGCCUCAACGUCCUGGGCUCCCCCACCUUCUCCAGAAACGGUCUGGGCGCCAGCGAGAAGGAGACCAUGCAGGUCCUGAACGACCGCCUGGCCAACUACCUGCACAAGGUGCGUUCGCUGGAGAGGUCCAACGCCGAGCUGGAGAUGAAGAUCAACCAGCUCAUGCUGGAGAGGACCCCAAAGGGCCACGACAUCGAGAGCAUGAUGGCGCAGGCGCACGCCAUCGGGCAAGAGGUGAGGAAGAAGUCUCUGGAGAACGCCCGGAUCAUGCUGGAGAUCGAUAACGCCAGGCUGGCCGCCGAUGAUUUCAGGGUCAAAUGGGAAGCCGAGGCGGCUCUUUGUCAGUCAGUGGAGAGAGACUGUCAGGCCCUGAAAAGAGCAAAGUCAGACCACGACCAGAUCGUCGGAACGCUGCGAGGAGACUUGGACAGUCUGAAAGAGGAACUCUACUUCCUCAAGAAGAAUCACGAGGAGGAGAUGAACUCCCUGAAGUCCCACCUUGCUAACGAGCAGGUGAAAGUGGAAGUGGAUGUGACUCAGGGGCCUGACCUGGGGGCCAUCAUGGCUGAACUGAGGGUCCAGUAUGAGGGCAUCACUCGCAAGAACAAGGAGGAUGCUGAGACUUGGUACCUCAAAAAGGUAGAUGCAGUUCAGUCUGAGGUCAAAGAAAACAAUGAGGCGCUGCGCUGCGCCCAGACCGAGCUCAGCGAGAGGCGGCGCUUCCUGCAGGCUCUGGAGGUGGAGCUCGACAGUGUCCGCAGACAGGUCGGCGUGUUGGAGGGAAACCUGGGGGAGACGGGGCACAAAUACACAGUGGAGAUGGACCACCUUCAGACCAACUUGAUGCAGCUGGAAGACGAGCUUUCUCAGCUGCGUUUGGACAUGCAACGAAACAAAACCGACUACGAACAACUGCUGCGCAUCAAGCAGAACCUGGAAAUGGAGAUCGCCACCUACAGGAGGCUGCUGGAGGGGGAGGAAAUGGUGAAAGAAAAACCUCCGCCUCCCAAAAAGGAGCCCGACGUCAGGACCAGGAAGAUUGUGAAGGUAGUCACUCAGACCAUGAUCAAUGGAAAGGUGGUGGGUGAGUCCAGCGAGGUGGAGCAGAUUGAAGAGGACAAAAAUUGAGCCGCAGAUUGCAGAAGUGAAGAAGACGUGAAGCCCCGGUGUUUGUGAAACUCCUCCUCUUGAUUAGUCUUUGACAGCAUGUUCAGAAUGGAAGUGUGCUCUAAGGGCAGUUUGUCGGAUUCUGCAUUGCUACAUUUUUGCCGGUUGACCUGUCCAUUUAAAACUUUUCAAUAAAGAUUUCAAAACUUUUAAACA